UUGGAAGUGUUUAGAGCCAAGAAAUAAACCAUAAACAAGUUUAAAAAAAAACCAAACCGAAUUCGAUUUUGUCGUUUUGGUAGAAGGAUUCCGGUCUGGUCUUCAACCCUCGUGUAUGCGAUCAUCAGAAUUUUACCCGACGGUCCGCUUACCAUAUGACUGCUGUCUGAAAUCGUUGUCAAAAGCAAGAAUAUGCAGCCGCUAGAAGUGGGUACUCGCGUUUUGUGCAGGUGGAGGGACGGCAAGCAUCAUCCCGUGAAGGUCAUCGAACGCCGUAGACUUCACUCCGGUGGCCCUAAUGACUACGAGUACUACGUUCAUUACACCGAGUUCAAUAGGAGACUUGAUGAAUGGGUUAGACUGGAACAACUUGACCUUGAUUCAGUAGAAAACGAUGUAGAUGAAAAGGUGGAAGACAAGGUUACAGGUUUGAAAAUGACACGCCACCAGAAACGUAAGAUUGAUGAGACUCAUGUUGAGGGCCAUGAAGAGCUUGAUGCUGCCAGCUUACGUGAACAUGAAGAGUUCACCAAAGUUAAAAAUAUUGCGACUAUAGAACUUGGAAGGUACGAGAUUGAGACAUGGUACUUCUCCCCCUUCCCACCAGAAUACAAUGACUCCCUGAAUCUGUACUUUUGUGAGUUUUGUCUGAAUUUCAUGAAGCGCAAAGAACAACUUCAGAGACAUAUGAAAAAAUGUGAUCUCAAGCAUCCACCUGGUGAUGAGAUAUAUCGAAGUGGUACCUUAUCAAUGUUUGAGGUUGAUGGGAAAAAGAACAAGGUCUAUGGCCAAAACCUUUGUUAUCUGGCGAAGUUGUUUCUUGAUCAUAAGACCCUCUACUAUGAUGUUGACCUGUUUCUAUUUUACGUGCUGUGUGAGUGUGAUGAUCGUGGGUGCCACAUGGUUGGCUAUUUCUCGAAGGAGAAGCAUUCAGAGGAGUCCUACAAUCUAGCAUGCAUUCUAACUCUUCCUCCCUAUCAGAGGAAAGGCUAUGGGAAAUUCUUAAUUGCAUUUUCAUAUGAACUUUCCAAGAAAGAAGGUAAAGUUGGCACACCUGAAAGGCCUCUUUCUGACCUGGGAUUGCUUAGCUACAGAGGAUAUUGGACUCGGGUUCUUCUAGACAUUUUGAAAAAGCACAAAGGCAACAUAUCAAUUAAGGAGCUUAGUGACAUGACGGCGAUCAAGGCGGAAGACAUUUUAGCAACUCUUCAGGCAUUAGAAUUGAUACAGUAUAGGAAAGGGCAGCAUGUGAUAUGUGCAGAUCCUAAGGUGUUAGACCGUCACCUAAAAGCUGCUGGUCGUGGUGGUCUGGAGGUUGAUGUUAGCAAAUUGAUUUGGACUCCUUACAAGGAACAAGGUUGAUUGAUGAUUCUUGAUCCGCUUUUCAAUCGUUUCACAUUGGAAUUACAAUCAUCAAUUAGUUUUAGCUAUAUAAAUAUGUCCUUGAUGUGCUCUCAAUAAAGUUACCAAGUAUUGCACCCUUGUUCUGUAAUAUGGUGAGAAUAACAGGCUGAUAUUGCUGUUGCUUAAACAAAGUAGAAGAGGGCUCAUGCUAUUGUAUCUUCUGAUGACCAAGAA